AUGGCCGGUGGGUGUGUGGAGAUCCCCGGGUGACAAUCGGGGGUCGCUGACCCUCCUGUGUCCCCCCAGCCCCCCACAUGGCGCUGCGUUUGGCCACCCCCGUGUUGCGCCUGGCCCGGAGCGGUGUCCGGUGGGCGAGCACCGGGCCCCCCCAUGCGCAGGUCACCGGCCCGUUCGACUGGCGGGACCCGCUGGGGCUGGAGGGGCUGCUGAGCUCCGAGGAGCGGCUGCUGCGGGACACCACGCGCAAGUACUGCCAGGAGAGGCUGCUGCCCCGUGUGCUGCAGGCCAACCGGCACGAGGGUACCCCAAAAAUAUCACCCGGACCUCCCCGAUACAGCCCGACCCCCUCCCGAUACAGCCUGAGCCCCCUGAGAGCCCCCAAACCCUGCCAGGAGAGGCUGCUGCCCCGUGUGCUGCAGGCCAACCGGCAUGAGGCCCCCAACACCCCUAAACCUGCCCAGGAGAGGCUGCUGCCCCGUGUGCUGCAGGCCAACCGGCACGAGGGCGCCUCCAGCACCGGCAUGAUCCUCAUGGAUGACGUGGAGGUGCCCGAGGAGAACCUGCUGCCCAACGCCGAGGGGCUGGCGGGUCCCUUUGGCUGCCUGACCCAGGCGCGUUACGGCAUCGCCUGGGGCGCGCUGGGCGCCGCCGAGGCCUGUCUGGAGACGGUGCGGCAGUACGUGCUCGACAGGAAGCAGUUUGGGGGACCGCUGGCCCGGAACCAGCUGGUGCAGAAGAAGCUGGCGGACAUGGUGACGGAGAUCGCGCUGGGGUUCCACGCCUGCCUGCGCCUCGGCCGCCUCAAGGACGAGGGAAAGGCCGCCCCCGAGAUGGUGUCGAUGCUGAAGCGGAACUCGUGCGGGAAGGCGCUGGCCAUCGCCAGGGACGCGCGGGACAUGCUGGGGGGCAACGGCAUCUGCGACGAGUUCCACGUCAUCCGGCACCUCAUGAACCUCGAGGCUGUCAACACCUACGAGGGUACCCACGACAUCCACGCACUGAUCCUGGGCCGCGCCAUCACCGGCAUCCAGGCCUUCGCACCCCCAAAGGGGACGUAGCGGGGACACAGCAGCACGGGGACGGCGGGGACACGGUGGCACCGGUGGCACUGGUGGGGACCGGGACUGCUCCUCGUGGGAAGGGAUGUGAGGAGA